UUGCUCCUUUUUUCUUGCUUUAUCCUUUUUUUUUCUUGUUAUUCUUUAUCUUUCAAUGACUGUUCCUUUGAAUCCUAUACAAAAAUUCGAAUCAACAUCUGCUGAGAAUGCAGAUAGACAACACUCUCAUACACUUUCUACUUUGGACUUCCAAGGUGCUAGCUCUGCUGCUGCUGCCAAGGCCAUGAAGGCUGAACUUGCCAAUAUGGCCAAUCUCAUUCCAGACCAAGAAGAACGCAAGGCAUUUGACCAAGAUAUGGAAGGAUUUUACAUGUUGUUUACUCGUUUCUUAAAUGAAAAGUCCAAAGGAACAAAAAUAGACUGGGAGAAAAUCCAAUCCCCAUCCGCCGAACAAAUUGUUCCCUAUGCGGAUUUACCAGUGGAAUCAUCCGCUUCAGGCCUUACUAAACUGGCUGUUCUCAAAUUGAAUGGUGGGUUAGGAACCACCAUGGGCUGUGUUGGUCCCAAGUCUGUGAUUGAAGUGCGCGACAAUAUGACCUUUUUAGAUCUUAGUGUUCGUCAAAUUGAAUAUUUAAACAAAAAACACAAUGUCAGUGUACCUUUUAUUCUCAUGAACUCUUUUAACACAGAUGAAGAUACAAAGCGCAUUGUUCAAAAAUACGCCACGCAUAAUGUUGAUAUUAUCACUUUCAAUCAAAGCCGCCAUCCUCGGAUAAAAAAAGAAGCCCUUUUGCCCAUGCCAAGAACACCUAAUUCUCCUAUUGAACAAUGGUAUCCUCCAGGCCAUGGUGACAUUUAUGAAUCACUCUAUAAUUCUGGUCUAUUAGAUCAAUUGUUAGCACAAGGAAAAGAAUAUCUUUUUGUAUCUAAUGUGGAUAACUUGGGUGCUACUGUAGACAUUAACAUCUUGCACCAUAUGGCUCAGACUGAUGCUGAAUUCAUCAUGGAAGUGACUGAUAAGACAAAGGCAGAUAUCAAAGGUGGUACUUUAAUUGACUACAAUGGAAAAAUCCGUUUGCUUGAAAUUGCUCAAGUACCUGAUGAGCAUGUAGAGGACUUCAAAUCGAUCAAGAAAUUCAAGAUUUUCAACACAAAUAAUCUUUGGAUUAAUCUCAAAGCAGUGAAACGAGUCAUGGAAGAAGGCGGCAUGGAUUUGGAAAUUAUCGUCAACAGCAAGACAACCGAUAGCGGAGAAAAAGUCAUUCAGCUUGAAACAGCUGUGGGUGCUGGUAUUAAACAUUUCAAAAACGCGCAUGGUAUCAAUGUCCCCAGAUCAAGAUUCUUGCCUGUAAAAUCCACUUCCGACUUGUUUUUGGUCACCUCUGACUUGUAUUCACUUGUUCAUGGUGAAUUGGUGAUGAAUCCUAAGCGUAUGUUCAAUACUGUGCCUUUUAUUAAGUUGGGUGAAGAUUUCAAGAAAGUACAAGCUUUUCUCAAUCGCUUCAAAUCCAUUCCUCACAUUCUGGAAUUGGAUCAUCUGACUGUCACAGGAGAUGUUACAUUUGGAAGCAAUGUAGAACUUCGUGGAACUGUCAUUAUUGUAGCUAAUCGUAACGAAAGAAUUGAUGUUCCUUCAGGUUCUAUCUUGGAAAAUAAGGUUGUCUCUGGUAACUUGCGUAUUCUUGAUCAUUAAUGUUUAUUUCUUAAAUAAUUAUGAUAUGAUAAUAAAAUAAAGUUCGAGUUCGAGUUCGAGUUCGAACAAAGGUCUAAUUUAUGCAAAAUAAUUGAUUG